CUCGCUGCCAGGCCAGAGCGGCCGGGAGCAGCGCGUGGGCAAGCACAGGCAGGAAGUCUGAGUGAGGGUGGGACUAGCAGAGGUCAAGGCGGCAUCGGCUGACGUCAGAAAGGAGCGCCUCUUGAGGCGGAGGGAGGCAAUCUGAGGCUCCCGCCUGCACGCGCGCCCCGUCGCUCUCUUCACCUGCCAAUCGGGAGGCGGCUUCUUGCUCUGCGUGGCCAAUGAGCGCACGCGGCCUUGGUUGGUAGGCGGCGCCGUCGUGAGGCUCGGGCAGGACCUGCUAGGCGGACUCUGCGGGGCUCCUUCGGCUGCUCGUGAUGGCGGCCCUGCAGUUUGGGGCGAAGGUGGCGGCGGGUGCCGCUGAGGAGCCGGCGGCUGUGUCCGUGCCUGGCGGUAGUCUCGGGGCGGCGGAUUCCUUCCCUAAGGACUUCGGCUAUGGUGCUGAGGAGGAGGACGAGGAGCAGCGCGGCGGCGGCGGGGCUGAUCGGGGCGGCGGUGGCAGCGGGGGGCCUGACGGCGGCGGCAGCGCCAGCAGCAGCAGCAGCAACUGUGGGCUCGGCGGAACAGGCACUGGCGGCGACUCCUCCAAGCAGCCUCGCAUCCUGCUUAUGGGGCUGCGGCGCAGCGGGAAGUCUUCGAUCCAGAAGGUGGUCUUUCACAAAAUGUCUCCUAAUGAAACCUUGUUUUUGGAGAGCACCAACAAAAUCUAUAAAGAUGAUAUUUCAAAUAGCUCCUUUGUGAAUUUCCAAAUAUGGGAUUUUCCUGGGCAAAUGGAUUUUUUUGAUCCAACAUUCGACUAUGAGAUGAUCUUCAGAGGAACUGGAGCCCUCAUCUACGUUAUUGAUGCACAGGAUGACUAUAUGGAAGCUUUAACCAGGCUCCACAUAACAGUCUCAAAAGCUUACAAAAUUAAUCCAGAAAUGAACUUUGAGGUUUUUAUUCAUAAAGUUGAUGGCUUGUCAGAUGACCAUAAAAUAGAAACUCAACGGGAUAUUCAUCAGAGAGCCAACGAUGACCUUGGUGAUGCUGGACUAGAAAAACUUCAUCUUAGCUUUUAUUUGACCAGCAUCUACGAUCAUUCCAUUUUUGAAGCCUUCAGUAAGGUGGUACAGAAGCUCAUUCCACAGUUGCCAACUUUGGAAAACCUGCUAAAUAUUUUUAUAUCAAAUUCAGGUAUUGAAAAAGCUUUUCUCUUCGAUGUGGUCAGCAAGAUCUAUAUUGCAACAGAUAGUUCCCCUGUUGAUAUGCAGUCAUACGAGCUAUGCUGUGACAUGAUCGAUGUAGUCAUUGAUGUUUCUUGUAUAUAUGGGCUAAAAGAAGAUGGGAGUGGAAGUGCCUAUGAUAAGGAGUCAAUGGCAAUUAUCAAGCUCAAUAACACAACUGUGCUGUAUUUAAAAGAAGUGACAAAGUUUCUAGCUUUGGUAUGCAUCCUUAGAGAAGAAAGCUUUGAACGCAAAGGUUUAAUAGACUACAAUUUCCACUGCUUCCGCAAGGCCAUCCACGAGGUCUUUGAAGUAGGCAUUUCCUCCCACCGAUCCUGCAACCAUCAAACAAACAUCCCUGGUCUAAAAGCAGUAACUCAUAAUGGCACUCCUAGAAAUGUCAUCUAGUGGGGACCCAGUCUGGAUGACCAAGUGUUGCCUGCUCCGUGUCUGUGUAUUGGGGAUGGACAACACAGAGAACUGUCUACAUAUAUUUCUGUGUACAUUCUGAAAGAGGAGAGACUUUGCCUAGUGGAGCUGCAGUUAUAGCUGGUGAGGCAUAACCAGAAUGGCCGUUAAGCUCUUGGGGACUGGGAGUUCUUGUUCUCUCAUUCGCGUGGACAUCUCCCUUGAUGUGAAGCAGGGCUUGGAUAAUUCCAGAGCUAAAUUGAACUGACACUUAGCAUUCUUGUGUUUUUUAAACCUAGUGCAUUUGAAGUUGAUGACUAAACUCAAAUGUGACAGCUUGUACUUUAAUUAGCACAGUCUCAAACAUUCCAUGUGAUUAUUGAGGUUUUAUCGCAUCUUUUUGCAGUUGACACCUAAAACUUCCAUAUUCUGUGAAGUGAAUGUGAUGUCAAAUUGUUCCAGUCCCUCAGCAGAGUGCAACGUGCUUGCUGCUUUCGAGAGUAUGUUAAAGACAAGAAUUGUUAACCUUAACUUUGUUGCUCAGAACUUGUCCUGCAUUCUCAAGCUUGUUGACAAGCCAAUUAACAAGCUGCUGAAACAGUUCUGUACUUGUUCUUAAAAAUGCUUUUUGAAGUAAAUGAUUCAGAUUUUGCUCAGUCAUGGCUAAUGUAUUUGGACUUCAGUGCUUGUUCCAUUUUUUUGAAGCUACACAAUGGCAUAAUAUGUUAGUUUUUGUAAAGUGUGGUGUAUGACUUUGGCCUGAAAUUGGGUUGCUAAAAUUUUCAGUAGCUGCUCACCAGGCAAGGCAGUGCCUUUACCUCAAGGUUAAGAAGAUACAAAGCUUUCCUGAAUUCGUGGCACAUUUUCCAUUGGAUGGAAGCUCCCAUCUUGUGUGUGAAUUUUCCCUUGUGGCCUCAUGCACAUUGGUUUGUAAAAGAGCUGGUAGUGCCUCUUGAGUGGUGCAGAGACAACACUUCUAUGUUCCCAAGCCUUAGGACCUUUUCCGUACUCAAAGUCAAUGUGGACAUGCCAAAGGUUUAACAGGUUUGCUGGUGCUGUCUGUAGCUGACUGCAUUCUUGCACUGUUCAGAAGGGGGGGUAUUCAUGGGACUCACUUCUCAGUGGUCUGCAUUAAUAAAAUGUAUUUUAUCUCAA